AUGGACGACCCUAACGCUGGCAAGCGGCCUUCCGUGCUAACCAUAGACCGGGCUGCAUUCCUUCUCCUGCGGGUUAAAAGAGCUUUUAAAAAGAAACGACAGCAGAGGAAGGAAAAACAUGCGGCAGCAGCUGCGGCGGCCGCGGCCGAGGCGUUCGUGAGUCGUCGCGGGCCGCCGCCGUUGCUGCGCUCGCGCACACUACCCGCCAUCAUCGCGCCUGGCUUCUCGAUACUACACGCUCAGAUCGACCCACAACGCACAACUGAAAUAACCCAGAGUCAGCUUCUCUGUCGGGGAGUGUCUACUCAUAAAGUAUGCGGUCUAAAAGCUCACACGCCUCGUAUCUCCUUCAUCAACAAGGACGAACCAGAUCCUCAUGAACUUAGACGCAAGUCGGCCAGUAGCCGACUUGGCAGUUCGCCGAGGUCGAGCAUCGCUAGUGAGGACAGGGGUGAUGGACUUGUGCUUAGGGUCCCGACACCGCGUGGCUCAGUAUCAAGCACAGGAGGUAGCAGCACUGGGUCCCGACUUGCGCGGCUUCUCACUCAAGGCGUACGUGGUACGCCUGAAGAAACUGGUGGCGAUACACCACGCCGACUCAGUUGGGAAAGGCGUGAGUCAGGAGGUCAGUUACCUCGCUCAGCCAGCAUAGAUUCGAUGGUGGAGGCAGCGAUCUGCGCACGCCACUCCGAACAAAGUCCUACCACACUGCAGCUACCGAGAUCUGAUCGCGCCUUGAGCCUCGUGUCACCUGCUGUUGGCAGAAGAGCCAAAUCUCAAAGAGGACUAGCUGAACUCCAGUACGGCGCGCUGUUGGACGGGUGCGGGGGGGAGCUGCCCUCGCUGAGCGCGUGCGCGCCGCUCCCCCCGCACCUCGACAAAGCGGCUCGCCGCCAACAGAAGGAUGCGCGUGCGCACCAGGAUAAAAUCACCCAAGUUAACAUACAUUUACAGGCGCUUUUUGCUGCAGUUGAACAUGGCUACCUCGAUAAAGCAAGAAACAUCUUGGAGUCAACUGAUGUGGAUGUCAAUAGCCUUAAUCCAGAUGACUUGUCGCCGUUGGACGUGGCAGUUCUGGCGAGUAACAGGCAACUUGCGAGAAUGCUCAUGGAAUUCGGAGCUAAAGAAGGGACGCAGUUCAAAAAUCCAGAAGCUUUGGGCGCGCACCUACGUAAAUUAUCACGAGAGGCAGAGUCUCGUCUACACGAAGUUAGCGGAUACAUUCCAGACAAGGCAUGUCGUGACGAUUGCAGAUCGAUAGCUGGUGGCCAAGGGACAAUGGGCUGUGCGGGAGGGACGGGCUCUGAAAAAGACAAGCAGACUCAGCAUUGGGAGAGAAGAGUCCGGACAUUAAAGCGAUUAGUUCAAGGUUGGCAACAAGCUCGCGUGCCGACAGCGCUCCCGCUACCAGAUCUAGAAGUAUGCGGAGCUCACUCAGUCACCGUGAAAUUGAAAGAUCCGCGGAACAUUCAGCCAGCGUUACGUGACCCGCCCAUUGUUACCAAGUAUAAAGUGGAAUGGUCCUCGCGAGCCGACUUCUCGAACGUGUGUGGAUGUCGUGAAGUGGCGGCCUCGGGAACGAACCUCACGCGAGUGUUGAUAGCUGGCUUGACGCGUGGGAGGCGGUACUUCUUUAGGGCGGCCGCCGGGAACAUUAAGGGCUGGGGACCCUUCACCGUGUCCGUCCCGAGGAGUGUCGUUCCUAGCAGCUGGCGCGACGCGGGGGCGCGCGCGGCGCGCGGGCCGGCGGGCGGCGCGGCGGCGGCGCUGGAGGCGCUGGCCUGCGCCGCGGCCGGCGCGCGCCCGCGCCCCGCGCCGCCGCGCGCCGCGCGCAAGAAGGCCGCCACCAUCCGCCAGCUAUUCACCGCCGCCAGCAAGUUCCAGAAGAACUUGAGGAGGGGCGUGUACUUGGCGUGUAUAAUAUAUCACGAGGAUAAGGUGCUGGUGACGAGCGAAGAAUUUCUACCGGUCAUAGAGGUAGACGAGACCUAUCCCGCCUGCAUCUACGCGGACUUCCACUGGCUGAUGAAGGUAUCUUGUUCCUGGGACGAAGUGAAGGCCCUGAGAUCCGAUAUGGAGAAGCACACAUCCUCAUCCAUUCACUUCAGACUGAAGCUUCUAACCGCAGCUGCGCAAAUGCAAUCCGCAUUGUGUAUACAAGAUUUAGGCCAACUGUACCAUAAGCCGCUCCGAGACGCCCACGGCACGGUGGUACUAUCUUGCGUGAAUAUGGUCAAGUCACAAAAAUCGGUCUCCGCUUUGAACUCAAGAUGGGUGCCCGUUUCAAAACUCAGGCGAAGAGUACUCAGCGAAGAUAACACUAUGGGUGAAUUGUUGAUGGCAUCAGUACAUGAACAAAUUGCUUAUCAUCAGGUAUCUCGAGACCAGUUACCCCGUGGCUUAUACUUGGGCUACCUCAAGCUGCAGUCUUCUGUCGAAGUGGUUCGAAUUGUAGCUCCCGCGCGGACGCCAAACGUUCCUCCCCACACUCGGAUUAGAGAUAAUCCACAUGUUUCUGCCGAAGAAUGGGAAUACCUAAAAUCGCAAUCCGGAAAAACGGAUGAAAACCAAUGUAUUAAUAAUUUAGUGUCCAUUGGAAACAACGAAAAACCAUCAGAAUCUCAGCAGAUGUUCCUCGAACAGAUAGCGACGGCCACUCGGAGACUAUUCAAAGACAUGGAGAUACCUGACGAGAACGUGAUCACCCACCGAAUAUAUGAUCUCGAAGUAAUCGAACUAAACCACGACGUCAGUUUCAUUAUGAUAUGCCCACCAGCGGAACAAGCCUGCUCCGUACCUGGCCAAAAAGAAAUACUACUCCAAAAAGGAGACCUCCUAAGCUUACCUAUCCAAGCCUUCGAAAUGAUCCACUUACAAACAUACCAUACUAAUAUUUUAAACAAAUACUCGAAAUUGAGCUGUGUAUUAGAAUUAGAUGUAGCUUUAGCCGCCCAUUCCCAAAGAGAAGCAUUUUCCUGUACAGAACUACAGACAGCCAAGGAGAGGUUGACAAAACUGGAAGAUCUUCAAAACAAUUUAAACCUAGUAUGGAAAGCGGAACGUUGGUUAAUGGAUUUGAUAGGAUUCGCGAGAGAUAAGGAUAAAGCGGGGCCAAGCUCAGGAAUAUUGCUCAAAAAUGUUCUAGACAAAACACCGUCCAAGGUUUCUAACGAUGCAACGGACUGUCGAAAUUCUGACAGAGAUGUUAACUUAAAAAUAGAUUUACUGCAAAUACCACCAAGAGACGGAAAAAUUACUAAGACUUCACCCGGUCGCGGUUCGUGGCCCGGACCAGCCGGAAACGGAAACCACACUAGCCUACACCCAGAAUUCAGUAAAUCUGAACAACAAUUAAGUCUAGCACCCCGUCAAACCUCUGUGUCGACGAUAAACUUAAGCGGUUCACAGUUCCUUCAUUCUGACGCCAAAUACGGAAGAAAAGGUAGCGCCGAUUCCCAGUUCACACAAUCGAGUAUGAUGAGCAAUAACUACAUGAGUAGCAAUUCCCAGUUCGAUAUAAAAUCAACAGGAUCUCACGUCAGUAUUACUAGCAACCGUCUCCCUCCAUCUAGGAGCGAAGACACAUUAGUACUGCAAAACGAAAAUAUCGAAUCUAAACCUCGUCCACACAGUAUUAACACAAGCGUUUCAACAUCAUCGAGCCCAUUGCUAACGGUUAAAAACUUCUAUCCAGGAAGCAUGAUCAGUGUCAAAACUGUCAAAGCAAAUGUGUCAGAAUCAGCUCAAAGUUUGUCAAGUGAUUCUGAAAGCCAAAGCUGUCCAAUAACGACGGCAGCCCCGCUCAAAAUCCGUCCAUCGAAUCGUUCACAGUGCAACGUGAUAUCAUCGAAGAGCAUGACUAAUGUGAAAAGUUCCGAAGUAGAUUUUACGGAUACCGGUCAGGAGAUGUUUAACAAGGGAGUCAAUGUUAAACGUCAGCCGUUGUUGGAAACUCAGGAAGAAAUAGAAUAUAAUAAUAAGGUUCCUAAGACUGAUGGCAGACAGAGCGACAGCGAGGAGCGAAAUGUCAAACAAGAGCAGAGGCCGUUAGAACAAGCGGGUAUUUUACAGGUAUUUGCAGCAUACGAAACCGGUCUAGCUGCUGGUACUUCACUAAAGCUACACGUGACGCCUCGUACUUCAGCACGCGAGGUCAUCGACCUCGUUGUCAAACAGCUCAACAUGGCCGCCGUCCUUAAAGGAAAAUCUGGUCCCGUUUAUGGUCCAGAAAAACUGCAAGAUUUCUGUUUAGUAGCUGUUAUUGGAGCCCGAGAAAGAUGCUUAAGAGAUGACUUUAGACCACUACAGCUACAGAACCCAUGGAGAAAAGGUCGGCUGUACGUCAGACUCAAACACGACGUACUGGCGGCUCUACAGCAUUCUGCCAAACAACCAGCUUACAUUUAAAUUUUAGAACAAUCUAUUUUUAAGAAGAGAUGAAUACGAGAUAUAAUAUUAUUAUUUUUUAAUGAGGUCUUUAUCUCCAAAUAGUCUUAGAUGCUGAUACGAUAAUUUUAAUUUUCGGUGCCAAUUAUUAUUUUUUGAUGCUUUAAACGACUAGUAUUAUAUGUCAUGUAAGUUGAAGUUGUAACUAUAGAGAUGGAUAACAGAAUGUAUGGUGCUUUUCUUUGUAAAAUACAUCGCUCUGUGAAUGAAA